UCAGUGCAUGAAGCUUCUUUACAAGAACAGAAGCUGAGAGGAGAACUCAGAAAACAAAACAUCCCUGCAAGCAGCUUAGCAUCGGUAAGGAGUAAUCCUGGUACAGGAUCGAGCCACCCUAAGGGAGUAGUUAGAGUACCAAGCUCAAGUCCAGAGGUCGCUGUUUUCGGUUUAACCAGAGGUCCCCUCUUUUCCACAGAGGCCUAGCGGAGAGUAGAACACAGGGGAGAAAACGUACGUGGUGUAUGCUGGGAAGGGGAAGAGAGGAAGCGAGGUUUCCGCCAUUUUUCUUUCCUUCGUUCACACGACAGCACUUUCGAGUUAUAAAAGAAGUUAUGUUCUUGUCGUCGGAGCUUCUGUUAGGGAAAUAUGAGGUGCAUAUGUAGCCACACGGCACUGGCUGGUUUUGAUUAAAGUUGGAUCUGAGUUCAACUCCUUGGCCAUGCCUGUUGGUGCCUCUGAAGCUUUUACGUUUACUUUCGUUUUCUUAUUUAGACGAAGUGCUAGAAAGUUGUGGAUGAUGCCUCAUUUUGUUACCGUGCAUACGUCACACGUUUUGCAUAUUACCGGAAGGUCUCAUUUUGUAAAAAUCAAUUCGCACCAUAGAUUAGUAUUGUUAAAUAUCCGUUUCAUUUGAAUGGUCACAUCAUAGCUCUGGGAGUGAAAGAGUUAAUCACUAGAGAGCUUUAGAUUUGAGGAGGAGAACGAGUAUGAGUAUGAGAUUUAACAUAAAGUUUCAGAAUCUAAGCCCUCUACUGCUUGUUUGUUCUUAGCCAUCAGCUGUGACUACAUUGAUAGAUGAAAUGUCAAAAAAGAGAGAUCAGAUCGCUAUUACUCCUCGCCGACAGUGUCUACUUCACCCUGGACCCCGUGGAGACUCUGGUAUUCUGGGAAAGGUUUGUUCAGUUUACUUUUCGAUGAGUUCACACUAUGCUUUAGUCUGACAAUUUUUUUCCCUUUUUCUAAAGCCAUAGCAAAGAGUGAUUUAUAAUAACCGUUAUGCAUGUUUACGUCAGACGAGUAUAUUUCACCACCCAGCCUCGUUUUGAAGUUGAAAAGUUGCCAAGUUGUGCAUAAAUGAAUUCCCAGGGCAGAAAAGUUGAAAAGAAUAUUCACGCCCAAAGGGUGCAAAUGCAAACAGUUUUGUUUACAAACGAGGUUUGGUGAAAUUUGCUCGACUGACGUAAUUAUGCAACUUCAAAUCUUAGUGACAGCCCUGACCUCGGUAAUGAAGACACUUGGCUCUACCUCGUCGGUAUACUUUUUGUUGCGUGUUAGCGCUAACGCUGUUCUCUGUUCCCCCCUGCAGGUAGCUCAUUUAGCUCAAGUGGUAGAUGACGACGUUGCGCGAGUACUGUCGUGGCACAUGGCAUCCGAUAUGGACUGUGUCGUUACUCUCACGACAGAAAAGGUUUGUUCUUAGACUUUCAAAAAAGUCCUUUUUUCCGAUUUAAUAUGGCGCGGGACGAAGUUCGACCUCUCGCGACUUCGUCGUACGCUUGGUCGCUUGCUAAGACACUCGUGCUGUCGACUUGUAGCAAGUCUACUUCGUGUUUUGCCUGCCGUGCUUUUCGCUCAUCAAAAACUCUCUCUCCUUUUGGGUAGCUAGUAUGUACGUAAGUUAUGCUGUUCCGCUCUAUCCUAUUCUACUGGACCUGUCGUUUUGUGCUCUGUAGGGUGUAUUUUUUAUUGCUGACAAGCGUUUGCGAGGUAGCAAUACUAUUGUUUGUGUAGCGAAAAAAUUCAAUUUUGUAGUAUUCUUUGUGUAGCGGCAAAUUCAAUUUGUGUCGAAUGUAAGAUCACCCGCAAACACACUUGGUCAUGACUAUCUUAGAGGUCUUCUUAUAUGACGUAGUAUAUCCGCACAGCGCUCGAUUGAAUGUUCAAGUUCCUGACAAACGGACAAUCUUGCCUGUUUAAACUGUCGAAUUCUUUUUCUUUUCCUCCGGUAUUAAUAAAAUCAAUCGAGUUAAAGGCUUCCGUGUUACCUCAGGAAUGAACCGUAACUUAAGUAUUUGCCUUACUGGUCGAAAGCACACUGAUUUCAUGAGCGAAUGUUUUACAUCAACGGGCAAAGUCAACGACUAAUAUUUUGGCACAAAACUGUAAAUUCCUCUGCUGCUUAUUUCCUGGUAAUAAUUAUUACUGUCUCACUUCCAUGACCUCCACACAAUCCUUUUGUAGCUCUCUAAAAAAUAACCAGUAACAUUUAUCUAGUUUUUUUUGUCACUUUUGAAUAACACGGGUGACUGUUUAUUUUCAGGCAAAACAAGUGUAUCGCGACUCUAAUGGCCAGCAACAAGUGCUACCCUUGGAUUCUAUCUUCAGACGUAGUUUACCAGAAUGGAAUAGGUACAGACCAAAUUAAACCCAGUUAUCAUAGACGCUGUGUCUCUCAGGAGUUUUCAAACCCAAACUUAACAAUUUUACACCAUAAAUCCUCUAUUUAGACCCCCCCCCCUCUCAAAUAAGCCCCCUCUCACUAAUAGGCCUCUCCUUUUCAGAGAAAGAAAGUUAAUAAGCCCCCUUCUCUUUAAGCCUCCAUCCCCUCCCCUCCGCUUAUUAUUCUUCAUUAUUUUAAUGAUAGACUGUAUUAAUCAGUCACGACAGUAAAACAUGGUGUGGACUGAUCCAGGACGGUUUAUUUACCAACUAGAAGUUCGGAAUUGUUAUUGAUUUUCGGCUGCAUGACUCCAACGUCUUGUACUGGAACUUUUCCUCUUUGUAUUCUAGUUCUUUAUGGUGAUCUGAUACCAUCGUUUCUUCUUAAUUAGAUAACCCCCCCUCUCUAACCCCUCCCCCACCUCAAAUGGGCUUGAAAUAAAUAAGCCGCCCAAGGGGCUUUAAUUGAGGAUUUACGGUAAGUUGGUUUUUUUUAACCCAAAGAAAAUUCAGGGAGUGCUCAAGUAGUGCCGAUCAAGUUUAUAAAAUUUCCUGCCCGGUUUUAUGAGUUACUCUACUACAUUAAAAUGUACUAUACUAUUAUCUGCAGGUUUAACCUGGCUUACACUCUCAUUCAUUCGCGUAGUCAGUUGUGAUGUCAUAUAAUGGUGAUCUAUCUUUUGAAUCUGUAGACGAAUUCAUAUAGAACCCUCUAUUUCGGUAGGACCCUAUGCGUGAUUUUUCUUUCCUGAAUUUGUGAAAAUUAGGCUAUUAACCCCCAGUGCAUUAGAAAAAGUUAGCAAUGCUUGCAGACAUGUCAGCAGUGGCCUGUGAAUAUGCUAGUGAGCACGCUCAAGAAUUUUCCAGUGGCCUCAGAGUUUUAAGCCUUUAGCGUAGCUUAGCAAUGAGUAGCCAUUAAUACUGACUGUUAAUUUUAGAGCUCUUCCACAUAUACGAGGUCAGGGCAGUUACAAUCCGUCUGGUAACCCUGUGUACGCAAGAGAUAUGUUGAUGUUUCCAACAGAGGCGGAAAAUUGCAAGCUAGGUAAUACGAAUGUGUAUGCAAGAGUACUUAUUGUAGGGCCUGUGCGACAAUAGACCAUUAGAUAAUCAUUAGCCUGCUCUAUGUUCUCUAGUUUAAAAACAACUGUUGGGCCAACGCUCGAGAGGCGCCGGCGGAAUCUCAUGCGCGAGUGGCAAGCAGAUUGGCUCAUUCGAUAAGUUCUUGAAUGGAGAAUUUCUCUAAGGUCAAGGUAAUUUGCUUGAAAGAAAGCAGUGCUGAGGGACGUUGAAUAGAAAUGAAUUUUCUGUUUAGGAAGGUGAACGUUUCGCUUACCCGUUGUCACAGAGAUACCCAUUGGUGGAGCUCCGUGAUUAGUUGCAACAAGCUAGCGUAAACGGCAAGAAUCAGUUACAUGCUCCCCCCCUCCCCCAAAUUAGCCGGACGACAGUUUCUCCAAACAGGCAGCUAAACAUUGGCUACUAUAGGGUACAAAUACGUUAAACCCAGGAAACAGUCCCCCUUAAUGCACAACAUCCACUUCCCGUUUGUUGACAUUUCCAGUGAUUCCACGCUCAGAGGUAGAAAUAACUUUGUCAAGAUACAUUGUUAUGGGUUUAGGAACUACCACUCUUAUGCUCCGUGAACAUCUACCAAUGCUUGUUGGGUAUCAGAGGUCUUUUUAUUUUCCUCGCGUGCGGCGGGGUGCUUCGAUGUCGGUAACAGACCGAAGCCGCGAGUCACUUUCACCAGAAAUUACACUAGAAACGUCUUUGCUGUCCGGGGUAUACAAAGUUCUUCGUGACUGUCAAAAAUUUUCCUCAAACUCAAUAACAAAUAAAUGUAUCGAGAAAACAGGCAAAUUCUAUACCAUGAAUUGCGACACCUAAAUCAAACACUCGAAAGAGUUUUUCAUUUGGGAUCCAAAUAACCUUGACGUCACUAUGCCCCAUUUUUCAACUCACUUCUCGUUUUCUGCCCUAGGGGGUACUCCCUAUAAUGGCCUAUACGGAGAGACUCCGCCCGAAAGGGGUACCUUUUUCAGACUUCAGGUAUAUGGAAGGGUUGGGAUUUUACCAGUUGAAUUAUAUGAAAGUGGUGAGAAAUCUGUCAUUUGGGCCUGUGAAAGGGCUCAAAGGGCUGAGCAGAUGAAUUUCAGUGUUAUGGCUUUAUAAAGUCGGGAAAACGUUCUAUUUUUUGAUUGAUUCCUACUUAAAGGACAAUGCAUUUGCAGCAGUUAAAAAGGGGUACCUUUUUCGUGAAAAAUGGUAUAUAAAAGGGUAGGGGGUUGGACCUCGGGGCGUAGCCUCCCCGUAUAAAAAUUUGUUGAGUAUGCUCCCGAGAUUUUCUGCAUGUUUUUUGAAACUUUCCUCGGGUUUGAUUCAUUGCUUGUCUCAUUGCAGUGUUCGGUAUGUUACUGGGUGAUACACUGAUCCUAGAUGACCUGGACUGUGCAAAUAAAUACAGACAACAGGUGAGUAUACUUGUUGAUGAUGCAUUUCAAGGUGAUGUUACAUCGGACGAUUCGCAGCAACGAUUUUUAGCGCUAGACAGCGUUGCAACAUUGUUGUGACAUUGAUUCAAAUGGUUGCAACGUUGUUCCAACAUUGCCGGCAAUGCUGUGCCACGGCUGGCUAUUUCAUGUUGUUAAUAUUGCCAAUUAAGCUUCCUUGUGCGCGAUGAAACUAAACGUAAGAGGAAAAAUUUUCUUGUAAACGACAAAAUCACAGCUUCUCGUCAAAUAAAUGUCUCUCAAGCAUUAUAUGAAACGUUAAAUACGAGCAAAAUGAACUUUGGAAACUGUUAGGCUAACAAGUUUUCAAAACUCGGCAAUUGCAAUCCGUUUUAGUCUUCCUCAGCUGAGUUUGUCCGCCCCUGCCUCUUUUUGUAUUUGCUGUGCUAUUAAUGCUUUGUUUAAAUGUUUUGAGCGGUUACGGUAUUUUUAUGUUUCACUCAAUUUGGUGGCGGUUUCUACUGUUAGAAUUUUGAUACGUAAUUCAUGACUCAGCUCCUUUAACAUCAAUGUACUAGUGACGACGUGACAUUUUUACAUUUAGCCUAUUCAAAACAGGACUGGCGGGAUUGUUAUGCCCUAUUCAAAACCGGAGAGGCUCGGAGAGGGUUGAAUCCACACCAGGCUCCAGGCUACCGUCCAGUGGAUAACUCAAUUGGUUUCCCUUAUACCUAUUCGCUAGACAGAGAUUUAUUUAUCCAGUAGAUAGCGCUGUCCAACGUUUGAACGACGAUGGGGCGGGUUUUUCGAGCCUUUAAGCUAAUUGCAAAAUUACAGACAUAGCUGUGGCUUUGAGAUAAAGCCACUAACAGACGACUGCAAUGCAAUAAAGAAAACUAUUGAUUUACGCCUGACUAUAGUGAACUUAACCAAGGACGUUUUAGAGCGACACGCACCAACCAGAAGUGGCUGUUUUGCAUCAUUGGUCAGCAGGUUUUUCCCAAAUUAAAUUUCUGGCAAUUCGUCUCAGUAAGAGUAAAGAUACCGUAUUUAUUCGAUUAACCUGCCCUGGGCGCUUAGUAAAUUUUCACCAUUUUCAGCAAGUCAAGUAUGUUUAGUUUGCAACAAACAAUAAAUGGUAAUAACAAAACGCGAAGAUGUAACAAAGUAAGGUCUCUGUAAAAUGCUCUGAAGAAAACUUCGUCUUCGGGGAAGUCUCUUAUUAGUACUUAUUCAAUUUCAAUUUCAAUCUCAUUGUCACUCAAGUCAAUAAGUGAAUUCUCUGGUGCUGCCUCCUCGAUGUCCGACAUCGGGGAGUGGAGUGGGGGUGGGCGCUAAUUUGAGGUUGGGCGCUUAUUCGAAUAAAUACGGACUUAACAAGGCACAUUUGUUAGCGUCAAGGUAAUGAGAAAAGGCUUCACUUCCGGUUGACGUGUUACGUCCAGAAAUGUCUUUGCUUAACCUCCCUUGUGUAUUGUUAUGAUGUAGGUUGUAAAGCACACUCAUUGUCCUACGAUUCUUACAAGAGGAGGAGAUCGCAUCAGAAGUAACGGUAAGUUAUUUAGCCCAUUAACCUUUAAGUGACUAGUGUUUAAGAUUUCUCCUUAUUCUUACACUGUUCAGUCAAACAUAAAUAUCGAUAACAUGCUGAGCUGGCAGGUCGCGCAAUAUCACGUGAUCAUGGAAUGACGCAAUGGUGAGGUAGAAUUUCUCCUUAUUCUUACACUGUUCAGUCAAACAUAAAUACCGUGAGAAAAAGCACAUGAUCAGCAAGUGAAAAAGGUCUUGAUUACGCAGGAUAUGCGUGGAGAACGUUGUGGAGAAUGUUUGUAUUAAUUUUAGGGUUUAAAGGGUCGCACCAAUCCCCGUGAUACUGUUUCUUCUAGUGAGAAUUUUAAUCUCGAUUGUUUUGCUCUCUUGCAAAGGUAAAUUCGGCGGACUGCAGAACAAAGCUCCUCCUCUUGAGAGAAUGCGCGGCGCAGUGUUCGCUGCGCCUCUUCCGCUGACAUUCCAUUCACUGACAACGCAGAUUGGUGAGUGACAACUAAAGCUCUUCUCAUUUUUCACCGCCAAUGUAUAACUCCAACAUUGCUGCUAAUGUUUUUCUUUAUUCAUUAUGUUGUCAGAACAACUACAAGCUUUUAAACAAGCCGUUAUCAAACACACACAAGCCAAGGAAGAACUUUCGGUAAGCUUAAAGAAGCGCAUCGCAUUGGUUUUUUUUCCUUUCGUACACAAAUCCACCCUGCUGUCAGUCUUCUUUUCUUGAGAGCGGAUGAGAAGGGGAAGUUCUGCCUGAAUCGCGUCGAGUCUUGUUUUAACCCUUUAAGUCCCAAAAGUGACCAACGUCAUUUUUCUCCUAACAAUAUCCGUAUAUUGUCAUAAGAUGAGGUUAUGAGAAUUAAUAAAAUGAUCGCCAAAGAAAAAUGCCUUGAUCAUUUAUUGAAUUCUCUCAACUUAUUCUUAAAGGAAAUGUAUGGAGAUCACUUUGGAGAAUUUGUAUGUGUAUAUUAAUUGGGGCUUAGAGGGUUAAGGCCACUUUCCUUCUUAUCGUAUAGGUGAGCGCGACCCCAUAACUUAAAGAUUUGAAUCCGUUUUCACUACUUUUCUGUUCAGAUCAGCUCGCCAGUUUAUUUUCAAAACAAAUCGUUGGUAACGGUUAGCUGAUUUUGAUUUUAGCUGAAUUUGAUCUUGGAGCAUUUGAAGGGAACACUUUCUCUAUCUCCUUUCUCUAACAGCUGCAGCUACAGCACGGACAAACGGAGGAGAUGAAAAUUAAACACCGGGAAUGCAGAGAGGCUGAAACCCAGUUACGCAUGAUUGAGGAGCGUUUGGGCAUGACUCCGACCCAGUACAAUAUGCCUCCCAGUCCGGCCACUAUGCUGCUGACAGAAAUCAACACUCCACCUACAAGAACAGCUACCUCGCGUCGCUCCAGCGCACGAGCUGCGGCUGCGGCUACCGCUUCUCCGACCUUAUCGACUCCGGUCGUAAAUGGUUCGAGCAACGCAUCGGGAAACACAACUUCUCCACGAAUGAGGCGAGGUGCUGCGAUCUCCCCUGAAGAUGUAAGAACCAGUAAACGAACGCGCCGAUGA